ACCUUUGAAUGGUGAGGCUCCAAAGAAUGUAAUGUCUUGAGUGUUAUCAGAAGUCCUUCUUCCUACCUCUUCAGUAACACUGCGGUUGCCUAAGGGGGAAGGGAACCCGUAAAUAAGCACAGAAGACUUUCAAACGUCCCUUUUCCCGGGAGGGCUUCAAGCCCAGUGCCUAACAUUAACAGCAGGUAGUGUCACCUCCAGUUAUCCCCCAUCGCCUUAAUAUUACUUGUCAGUUUACAUCUGGGACAGGUUUGUCCAGAGCUGUGCUGCCCGUAGCUCAAGGACACGCGUCGAGUGCUUACUUGUCUCCAUAGUAGUGCGGAAGUGGCCGUUCUGCUUACUAAGUGACCGCGGUUGUUCCCGUACUCGUGCCGUAGUUGUAAACUACAAUAUGGGCAUACCUGUCCCUACCGGAGCCGCGCUUCUCUCCCUGACUGCCUUUCCCGUCUCCUACUUCGUCAACACCGUUUCUGCCCUGGAAGACCCUAAUUCCAUCUUUGUGGUCGGAGUUCUAGUGCUGUUGGCCCUUUCCACGGCAGCUUAUCUACAAGUCAGGAACCAACCUCCGCGGGAUCCACUGUUUUAUGCUUUCACAGUCUUUGCAUUCACAAGUGUGAUUGACCUAAUAAUCUCUUUGGAGGCAGAUGGGUUCAUCAGUGGAUUUAUGUCAUUUUACAUGAAAGAGGGUGAACCCUACCUGCGCACAUCUUAUGGGGUAAUGGCUUGCUACUGGGAUGGAUCUGUCCACUACAUCCUGUACCUGAUGCUGAUUUCUGCCAUAGGGCAAGGGAAGAACUACAGGCAUACUGGACUUUACUGGCUUGGUUCCAUCAUGACAAGCAUGCUGGUGUUAAUUCCUGGGAGUGUGAUAGGUAAGUUUGGAUCACUGAUUCGUCCUGCUGUGCUGCUGAAUAUUCCAUACAUCUUUAUCCCGAUCUGGGCUGGAGUGAAGAUUUUUGGUAAACCUAAAAUGGUUCCUCAGUCCAUUGCAGACCAGAUAACACUGGAACAGAAGAAGCCACUCUAUCAGCGUCCACUAGAUCUUGUUUUGAUUGCGUAUCUGCUGUUUGCCAUUGUGCUGUCCAUCUUCAGGGGUCUCGUGGCUUUAGAUUGUCCUCUAGAAUCUUGUUUCAACUAUAUCUACCAAUACGAGCCAUACUUGAAGGAUCCUGUAGCAUACCCAAAAGUCAUGAUGAUGGUUUAUAUGUUCUACUGUGUUCCAUUGUUUGGCGUAUCUGUUAUUGGACUAAUUAAGCCUGGCUGUGAUUGGAUGCUGGACGUCUCCUUGAUCCUGGCUGGAGCAUUAGCACAGGGUCAAUUUACACACAUUUUCUCAUCUUAUCAUUCUAUGACUCCUUAUACAUACCGUGUUCCAGAUGGCACUUGGUGGACUGUCCUGAUUUUGAACCUUAUCUAUGGCCUUGGACCACAGCUGCUUGCAUACCGUUGCUGUUAUUACUCUGACUUCUUCGUAAAAACAGCACCAAAGUCAAAGGAAGAAAAUGACAAAAAAACAUCAGUAAGCCUGAAAAAGACUUGCCACCUCUAUGGUGCUGAGUGAGAUGAACUGUUGCAAACUUGUUUACAUUAUUUUUACAAGGAAACUCAACAGAGAAUUGUAUUACAUGCAAGUGCUUCCUAACAAAUGGGACUUUUUAUUGUGCAAUUGCUUAUUAGCACAAAUAACAGAUUGCACCUAAUGUGACAAAAUGGGGGGGGGGGUGCUUACUGUCAUUCUGUUUUGUUGUUCACAGCUCCAAAUGUAAAGGAUUAUUAAAAUUUAAUUUACAUGCACCCAGGCAUGCAUCUCAUAGUACCUGUUAUGGCUGGCUGAGGAUUCUGCAUGUCAGUUUUAAAAUACUAAGUAUCUGAUUGUACAGCGGGUGCAAACCUAAAUGCAGAUCUCAAGAUAAGUGAAAAUCUUACUCGCAUGAAAAGCAAAUGCCAUACUUUCAGACUAAACUAUCUAGCCCCACAGAGAAAGAAAAAUUAUUAAAAAAUGCAGUUUGGUAGCAAAGCGUAACAUUUUGACUUGCCUUAUGGAAGACGUACGAAGAAGAUAUUCUGUCAGUCUCAUGAGAUUUAAAAAUUUGGAGGAUUUCUUUGCAUGUGCACACAGCUGUGUUAUUUGGCAGUAUUAAUUGGUUGAUAUCUUUGUACUUAAAUUUCUGUCUAUAUUUAUGUGGUAAUUUAUAAAUUUCAUCUUUAUUUGCUUUGUAACUACCUAGCUAUUUUUAAAUGUUUCUUUUGCAGGCUUCCAUAGUGUUUGGUGCCUCCAGCUCACUUGGGUCACCACUAGUAUCCCUUACUAUUACUCCUUCACUGGGGCUACCAGUAAUAAUGCUAUAAAAAGUUUUACUCAGUGUGAUGAGUGUUGCAUAAAUGGGGAAGGAAGCAGUGUCCAAAUGUAGUGUAUGCCAGGCAGAGCUUCCGGAAGUUUUCCAUCCAGUCUAGGGCAAGGACUGCUCUAUAUAGAGGAGUCGUACCAUGAUUCAGACACCUAGCUGGAAGUGGUUCAUUUAGUCUUGAAUGCUGGUUUUAUUGUUUUGAUUUCUAGUCACUGUCAGAGCUCCUCUGUAGCUCUUCCAUUGCAUGUAUGCUGAGCACAGUCUCAUUACUUUUUCAGUAAAGGAGGGCAGUUAUUAUCUUUCCUGCUUCACCAAUCUGUUUAUAUAUGUACCCCCAAACUCUGGUUCCCAGCAUCAUGACUGAAAAUGAGCUUCUGUGCUGACAGAUGAGCUUUUUAGGUGAUACAUUUGCACAACAGAAUUAUUAUUCAUUAACAUUCUGGUAAUGCCCCGCGAUGCAGUAGCAGUGACACUUUCUCUAGAUAGAUGUGGAAUAUUUGGAAGCCAAAACAGACUGUCAUACAACUUAUCUUAAACAUAUAUGCUGAUCUUGUUGUUAAAUGUACAGAGCAGUUCUGGGUUCAGAAGGAAGGACCGAAAGCAGGAAGGGAUGUAAAGGUUCUUUGUCACUGUUCAUUGCAGCCUUUCUAACCUCAAAAAUGUCUUUAUUUACUCCCUUUUCACUUCUGGUAGAGAUUAUAUUUUGAAUACAUUUGCUAGUGACUGUUUCAUACUUGUUUAUAGCUUUAUAUCUGCUUUCUGUUUUCUAUUAAUGAUUUGCACCAGCUAACGCCAUUUGCCAUUAGACUGAAGUACCAGUUAGUUUAGCAGAUUGGGCUCAGGAAAAUUUAGAAACAUUUUUCAUUUCUGGAUGAAAAACCUCAGCUCUGCCUGGUAUGCACUACAUCUGGUUACUGAUUUCUUCCACAUUUACGCAACACUCACCCCCAUAGUACAAUGAAAUAUUUCCAGUGUGUCUGUUCUUUGUUUGAAUUGUUUUCAUUGUCUUGUUGUAGGUCUAGUAGCUGAGAUUAUAGAGGGGAACUGAAAUGCUUUAUUAUUCUGUCACACUUUAUAAAUUGCUGCUUUUUUGAAUAUGCAUUGUCAAAUCAAGAAAACAAUAACAGUACUGAAGUGUUUGAUAUGGUCUGGUGAAGCAAGGCACGCUGACAUAAGCUACUUCCUCACUUCCCUUUGAAUUUCUUCAGUCAGCCAGCAGUUCUAGCGUAAGUCGCAGGCAGACGAGGGAUGGAAUGUUUAGUAUCUGUUUCCAAACAAAAAAGUAAAGCUGUAAGUGAAAUUGAUUUGUGGAUAACUUGGUGAACUAGUUUCUUGUAUUGGUGUCGGAAAGCCCAUUGUGUUAAUUGGCAGUGCACAUAGUUAACCCAGUGCAAACACUAUGUGUACUCAAGGGAGUAUUCAGUUGAAUUUGUAAUCUAUACUUAAAACUUGACUGUAAGUAUAUUAUUUUAUCAUAAUUGUGGGAUCAAGCUCAAAUAUUUUUCAUGCUUAUUUAAUUAUGUAAUCAUUCAGAUUAUAAUUAAAUAUGUCUACCCUUGG